AUGGCCGGCUCCGUCCCGCGAGGUCUCAAGCAGAUCCUCCAAAAAUCUCCCUCCGACAUCGUCAUCCUCUCAUCCCUCCGUACCGCAGUGACCCGCGCCAAAAAGGGCGGGUUCAAAGACGCCUAUCCCGAGGAGCUCCUCGCCCAUGUCCUCCGUGCCACACUAGCCGCCAACCCAAAUCUCGAUCCAGCCCUCAUAGAAGAUGUCUGCAUCGGCAGCGUGCUGCAGGAGCUCGGUGGCGCGAAGGCGGGCCGUAUGGCUCAGAUUCACGCUGGCUUCUCGCACACGGUCCCUUUCCACACGAUUAACCGGCAGUGCAGUUCCGGCCUGGCUGCGAUCUCGACGAUUGCCCAUUCUAUCUCUGUGGGAGCGAUCUCUGUGGGUAUCGGCGGCGGUAUGGAGUCUAUGACGCGGAACUAUGGGUCGAGAGCGAUUCCUACGGUCUUAUGGCCUGAGUUGAAGGAGUCCGAGCUGCAGGAUGCGAGGGAUUGUAUCAUGCCGAUGGGUAUCACGUCGGAGAACGUUGCGUCGAGGUAUGGAAUUAAUAGACAUGAUCAAGACGCGUUUUCGGCCAAGUCUCAUCAGAAGGCUGCCGCUGCGCAGAAGAAUGGCCUGUUUGAUAAGGAGAUUGUCGCCGUUACGACGAAGACUAUACCCACCGAUAAGCCGGAUGGUCCAGCUGAGGAGAUUACUGUCACGAAGGAUGAUGGUAUUCGACCUACGGUAUCCUUAGAGAAGUUGGCUACCUUGAAACCCGCUUUCUCACCGACGGGAUCUUCCACUGCAGGAAACAGCUCGCAGGUCAGCGACGGUGCCGCUGCGGCCCUUCUCAUGCGCCGUUCAACCGCCACAGAGCUUGGCUUGACCUCCAGCAUCAUUGGAAAAUGGGUCUCUACUCAGGUUGCCGGAUGUGCGCCAGAUGAGAUGGGUAUCGGCCCGGCCGUUGCUAUUCCAAAGGUCCUCAAGCACACCGGCCUCGAGGUGUCUGACGUUGGCAUUUGGGAGAUUAACGAGGCAUUCGCUAGUCAGGCUCUGUACUGCGUUCGGAAAUUGGGUAUUAACGAGGAUAAGGUCAACCCCAAGGGUGGUGCCAUUGCUAUCGGACAUCCUCUUGGUGCUACCGGUGCCAGACAGUUGGCUACUUUGCUUCCUGAACUGGAAAGACAGGGUGAGCAAGUCGGUGUUGUGAGCAUGUGUAUUGGUACUGGCAUGGGAAUGGCGUCAGUCUUUGUAAGGGAAUAAAGGGAUAUUCUACGUCGUUACGGAGUAGAAAAGCACUAUUUCCAGUUUGCAUAGUUGACACGAACCGUGAUGGACACUUCCCCUGCUUUAGGAUGUCCACAGUGCUGUCCCAUAGUCACUUUAUAUACCCUAGAUUGCAUAUAUGGCGUGUAUAUAUAUCUAUCAGGCGUCAUCAAACUUAUCUCGUCGUU